AUGCAGAGCGCCCACGCCAUGUGGCCCGUGGCCGUGGCCAUGAACGACAUGCUCGACGGCGUCGGCGGCGACUCCGUCAUCGCGGCGCUGCCCUUCGCGACGGGCGCCGAGUGCCGGACCUUCGGCCUCCGGCGCUACGUCCGCGCGGGCGCCGCGUGGGCGCUCGCGUCCGCGGCGAGCGUCGGCGCCUGCCGCGACGCGGCCGAGGCGCUCUGCGCGCGGACGGGGUUCCGCGACAUCGCGCUCCGGUGCGCGGAGCUAUCCGUCGACGUCGAGCGGCGCGACGGCGGCGUGUCGCUCGCGGGCUUCCCCUGCGAGGGCGCGAGCCUCGACGCGGGCUCGGUCGCGGACCUCGCGGCGGCGCUCAAGCUCCCGGCGGCGGCGGUGGUCUUCGCCGGCAAGACGGAGACGGGAUCGUUGGUCGUCGAGUGCGCGGACGCGGACGCGCUGCGGACCGCGGCGCGGCCGAGCGACCUUCGCGGCGCGAAGCGGUGGCUGCUGACCGCCGCGGAGAGCGACGACGCCUUCGCGUCGCGCGCGUUCCUGGACGACGCCUCGGACGACGGCCUGACGCCCGCGGCGUGCGCCCUGGCGCUCUUCUGGGCCGCGCGGCGCGAGCGGCCGCUCGACCGGCCGGCGGCGCUCGCGCACGACGGCGCCGCGCUGUCCCUGGUGCUCGUGCCCCCGAAGGCGCCCAAGUUCGGCGGCCGCAAGCGGAAGCACGUGUCGCGCCUCCCCUCGGUCACGGUCACCCUCGCGCCUUAG